ACUGAUCGAUGAAUGCAAGAAAAAACAGCUAAUAUCAACUUGUUUAGCUAACAAUGGCGCCUAAAGUCUCUCCACUUCUCUUUUAUGCUUUCCUCUUUCUCUCCCUCUUCUUUUCCCAGAUAUCAUCCUCGCCGUCAGCUUUUGACUUUAUCAACCAGUUGCAGGGAUCCAAGAAAGGAGACAGAGUGAAAGGACUGUACAACCUCAAAAAGUAUCUGAAAACCUUCGGUUAUAUUAAUGAUCUUUCCUACAACAGCAGUUCUCCGGAUGCCGAUUAUUUCUCCGAUCAAUUGGAGUCCGCCAUAAGAACUUAUCAGACCAGACAUCACCUCAACUCCACCGGAAUCUUGGACGCAGAAACCGCAAGACAGAUGAUGAAGCCCCGUUGCGGAGUGGCGGAUAUCAUCAACGGCACAUCCGGCGGAGCCGGGGUGGUUCCGCAUUAUCGUUUCCUUCCCGGCGAGCCCAAGUGGCCGGCCGACAAACGCCGCCUCACGUUUGGAUUCGCCCCCGGUACUCCGGAUAAAUUUUUCUUCCCCGUAACGACGGCCCUUAGAAAUUGGGAAAGUGUGGGGCCUUUCAUUUUUUAUAAAUUUCGCUACGCCAAUGCGGAUAUAAAGUUCACACUCUUUAGAGGCGAUCACGGCGACGGGAAGCCGUUUGACGGCCCCGGAGGAUCCUACGCUCAUGCAUUUCCACCCACAAAUGGGAACUGUCACUUUGACGCAGACGAAAACUGGGCAGAAUUCGGUCCACCUCACAACGGUUUAGAUAUACAAAGUGUUGCGUUGCAUGAGAUCGGACACCUUCUGGGGCUUGAUCACAGUGAAAACCCUGAUGCUGUUAUGUAUUAUAGGUUUGAAUAUGGUGAGAAGAGACGGGUCCUUACAACUGAUGAUAAAAAUGGACUUAAAGCUCUUUACAAUUUCUAGCAGAACAGAGGACAACAGUGCAUGUAACAAUUACUUAGAUUUCUAAUUUUCUAUGUUGUCCAAAUAAAAUAAGAUAUUUAAAUUACUA